GCACAAUGUAUUUUUACUGUAGCUGCUAUAACAGUAAAAUAUGAGUAGUAUUUGAUCUGAUCCGUUAUUUUUAUCCGAUAGAUAAGGAGGAGUCUAAUGUAUUUUAGUGUAGCUCUACGCAGUUACUGGAUCCCGAUCGCACGCACCCACGAAACGCCACAACACCAGCUCGCGCGCGGCGCCGCAGUCACCGUUCACUGCCGACCACAAUCGCCAUGGCGGCCGCCACCGAGCACACCACCGCGCGGGCGCCGCACGUCCUAGUAGUCCCGUACCCGGCGCAAGGCCACAUGAUCCCGCUGCUCGACCUCGCCGGCAUCCUCGCGUCCCGCGGCCUCCGCCUCACCGUCGUCGCCACGCCCGCCACCGCCCCGCUCGUGGCCGCCGCGCACCCCGCUGUCCGCUUGCUCACGCUCCCGUUCCCCUCCCACCCCGCCGUCCCCGCGGGCGUGGAGACAGCCAAGGAUGCGCCGCCCGCUCUCUUCGCCGCGCUCAUCGUCGCCUUCGCCGGGCUCCGCGGCCCGCUCGGCUCUUGGGUCCGCGCCCGGUCGGAUGGCCCCGACCGCGUGGUCGCCAUACUCUCCGACUUCUUCUGCGGGUGGACGCAGCCGCUCGCGGUCGAGCUCGGCGUCCCGCGGGUCGUGUUCUCACCGUCCGGCGCGAACGGCACCGCCGUGAUGCACUCGCUGUUCCGCCGGCUUCCCAGGCGCGCGGACGAGAGCGAUGACGAGAGCCCGAUCGUCUUCCCCGAUCUCCCAGGCGCCCCGGGGUACCCGUGGCGGCAGAUGUCGCUCAUGUACCGGAUGCACAAGGAGGGCGACGAGGUCUCUGAGGGAGUCAGGAGAAACUUCCUCUGGAACCUGGAGAGCUCAGCCUUGGUGUCCAACACAUUCCGGCGGCUCGAGGAGCGGUAUCUCGAGGCACCGCUCGCAGACCUGGGCCUGAGGCGUGUGCACGCGGUCGGGCCGGUGGCGCCGGAGGCCGGUGCUGCGGGCAGCCGCGGCGGGAAGACGGCCGUGGCCGCAGCCGACCUGUGCGCCUGGCUCGAUAUGUUCGUGGACGGUUCCGUCGUGUACAUCAGCUUUGGGAGCGUGGCAGUGCUGCAACCGGCCCACGCGGCGGCGCUGACAGCCGCGCUGGAGCGGACCGGGGUGGCGUUCGUGUGGGCGGUGGGGGCGACGGCGACGCUCCCGGAGGGAUUCGAGGAGCGCACCGCGGCAGCAGCGGGCGGCAGGGGCAGGGUGAUCCGCGGGUGGGCACCGCAGGUGGCGGCGCUACGGCACCGCGCGGUGGGGUGGUUCGUUACGCACUGCGGGUGGAACUCGGCGCUGGAGGCCGUGGCAGCCGGAGUGGCGAUGCUAGCGUGGCCGAUGACGGCGGACCAGUUCGUGAACGCGCGGCUGCUCGUGGACGAGCUGGGCGCCGCCGUGCCGGUGAGCUGGGGCGGGCUCAAGGCCGCGCCGGGCGCGGACGAGGUCGCGCGGGUGCUGGACGCGGCCGUCUGCGGGAAGGGUUGCCGCCACGUGGCGAUGCGGGCGAAGGAGCUCGCUGCGGAGGCGGCGGCUGCCGUGCGCGAAGGCGGCAGCUCGUGGCUGGAUCUGGAAGAGCUGAUUCGGGAGCUGCGCGAACUCGCGAGCGAGCAAAGGCAGUAGCUGCAAGGCUUCGAGAAUCAAGUUGCUUCUGUCUUCGAGAAGUGUUUGGCUGGGCUAAUCAAGACCUUACCCAGCGUACCUUGGUCGUUGAAGUCCUUGUAUGAGGUAGAAGAAACAAUGAUGAUUAUUAUCUUUUCUAUCUUGUUAUAGUAUGCAUGAUUUUGGAUUA